AAUGCUUACAGAAAGAGGAUUUAUAUGGGAGGAGGGUUAAAUUCAGUGUAUAGGGCUGUAGUUUUUAAAUACACGAUGAGAAGGUGUUUAUUUUGAUAAGAAAUUAACCAAAUUUGAUGUAGAUUUGAAUUUCAUUCAUUGCCCAUGCCCACUUUGCUAUCAAAACCUGAAAAACUGUUAUUUAAACAUCCAUAACAAUAAAAAUUCCCAUCUGAGAUCAGUGCCAGUUGUUUGCCUGAGGAGAAGGAAGAGAAGCAGUGGAGGAGAGUAAAUAGCUCCUGGUAAAUCAGCCUGCAAACAGGGCAACAGUCUGCAUUUGGUGCAUCAGAAAACACCGUUUUCACUCUGAAUUUUGAUUUUCUCUCCUAGGAUUUCCUUCAAAAUCUGAAGAGAAUGAGACUGCUGAGGAGAGCUUCAGCACUUCUCCUGAGAAGAGGAAUUGCCCUUUAUCAGACCAGAUUGUGCCAGAAUGACAGUCUCUUUAGAGUUCAUCCGUCUGUAUCGCAGGCUCUGGCAGAAAACAAACCUGUAGUCGCACUGGAGAGCACCAUCAUCACACAUGGGAUGCCUUAUCCACACAACCUGAGCACAGCAAGGGAGGUGGAGGCCAUUGUGAGAGCUGAGGGAGCCACUCCAGCUACAGUUGGAGUGAUCAAUGGAGAGGUUUAUGUUGGCCUGUCACCGGAGGAGCUCAACCACCUCGCCCACUGUGAGAGCCCCCUGAAAGUGUCCCGGCGUGAUCUGCCCUAUGUCAUCAGCAAGGGUCUCUCUGGGGGAACGACAGUGUCAGCCACCAUGAUCGCAGCACAUCGAGCUGGGAUCCCUGUGUUUGUGACAGGGGGCAUCGGAGGAGUUCACAGAGACGGCGAGAACAGUCUAGACAUCAGUGCAGAUCUUACAGAGCUCGGCCGGACUCCCAUUGCAGUCGUCUCUGCUGGAGUCAAAUCUAUCCUGGACAUUGGUCGCACCCUGGAGUUCCUUGAGACACAGGGGGUUUGUGUGGCCACCUACGGAGCAUCUAAGAAUUUCCCCGCCUUCUUCUCUCCACAAAGUGGGUUCAUUUCACCGUACCAGGUCUGCAACCCCAAGGAAGCUGCCAAACUUAUCGAGAGCACUCUGUCUCUGGGUCUGCAGAGCAGUGUCCUGAUCGCGGUGCCAGUCCCAGAGGAGCAUGCAGCAGUAGGCAAGGAGAUAGAGGAAGCCAUACAGACUGCAGUGACAGAAGCUGGAGCUAAAGGUAUAACAGGAAGAGAUGUGACGCCAUUCAUUCUUCAGAAGGUCAAUGAGAUGACUAAAGGAAAGUCCCUGCAGGCCAACAUCGCUCUCAUUCAUAACAAUGCCAAAGUUGGAAGUCAGAUUGCCUGUGCGCUGUCAAAACACUCAAAUGAGAGACGGACAAGAGGUGACACUCAUCAUCAUGAGAAGCACUCCUCUGACUCAGAAUCAGAUAUUGUUGUGAUUGGAGGCAUAAAUGUGGAUUUUAUUGCAAAAGGAAAAAACAAAAAACUUGUUUUUGGACAGACAAACCCAGGAAGUGUGUGUCAGUCAUUCGGUGGUGUAGGAAGGAACAUUGCAGACUCCAUGAGUCGACUCGGCUGCAGACCGUUGCUUAUCUCAGCUACUGGAGCAGAUUCACACAGUGAUGCUGUGUUUAACCACUGUAAACAUAUGAACACAAGUGGUGUGGCGAGGCUAAAGGAGCAAAGCACAGCCACGUACUGUGUAGUCAUUUCUGAGAGUGGAGAACUGAGUCUUGGACUGGGAGACAUGGAUAUUCAUGAGACAAUCACAGAGGAGUUUGUGUCACAGUUUGAAGAGCAGUUUUCUUCAGCCACACUUGUUUGUCUGGAUGGAAAUAUUCCUGUCUCUACCAUCAACUACGUUUGCUCCAUCGCUGCUAAAUACAACAUCAAUAUUUGGUUUGAGCCCACAGAUUCAGAAAAGGCUUGUAAGCCUUUCCUUUCAGACGCCUGGAAGUCUCUGUCGUAUACAUCCCCAAAUCUGGCAGAGCUCGUCACCAUGAACAGAACACUAGGCCUCCCUACACCUGAAGUCAUGCCAAGCUGUCCUGAUGAGGUGCUACGUGUCGCUGUGGCUCUCUCACGCCCCCUCCUGGAGCACCUGCACUGUCUUGUGGUGACUCUGGGGGCAAAUGGGGUGUUGCUGUGUGGAGAACAUGAAGCAGGCUCAGUCAAUCUGCAGCCAAGAAAACAGAAUAAGAGGAAGCACCUCUGUGCUCUUCACUAUCCAGCACUGACGGUGACAGAAGAGGAGACAGUGAAUGUGUCAGGAGCUGGGGACAGUCUUGCAGGUGCAAUAAUGGCCGGGAUCUUAAAGCAUCAAGACACAGACAGCUGUGUUCGGACAGGUCUCCUAGCUGCACGGCUGUCCCUUUUGUCACCGCACCCCAUCGCUCCCACACUAACUUCAGGCUCUGUGGAUCCCAACAAAAUCCACACUCACUCCUGGCCAAAACCCACCUUCAUGUGGAUAGAUUAAAAAAUGUUUUAGUGAUAAAAUGUAAGACUGGAUCCUUUUAGUAUAUUUUACAUUUUUUUCCACUAAAUGUUUUUUUUAAAUUCUGAAAUCUGCAUGUAAUUUAGGGAUGGAGGAGCUGAAUGACUUUGUCAAACAUUAAAAGCAUAAAAGAGCUAAC